GGAGAUUAAUGGCUUUGGAGCAGUCAACUCCGCUGAAACAAAUCCCCACCAUGGGGGACAGGCUGGGCCGCACAACCCCUCUGUUAUCCCGUGGACGUACGUUCGGAUGGUCCACCUCCAGCAACAGCCUCAAACUAAAGAGCUGCGGCCACAACGGCCACGACUUCCAGCACAGCCUGGAGGAGGCAGCAGCGCCCAGCGAUUCCCUCGCCGCGGCACGCUCUCCUGUUUCCCUGGAACUGGAGCCCGUGGUGAAUAAUGGAUCAAGCACGCCCGUCGCUCCAGAUGGCCACACAAAGGAGCCACCGGCGCACAGCGAGCGCUGCCAGCCCCUCUCCAUCUCCACCGUCCCGCUUCCCGCCGCCGCCCGCUUCACGCACAGCCCUUACCACGCCAAGACUAGCAUGCAGGGCGAUUUGUACAACUUCCUAGAGAGACCCGCCGGCCUGAGGUGCUUCCUGUAUCACUUCCUCGUGUUCCUCAUGGUCCUAGUGUGCCUGAUAUUCAGCGUCCUGUCCACCAUUGAGCAGCAUGCAGACUUCGCAACAGGCUGUCUCUUCUGGAUGGUAACCGAGCUGAUCACCACACUGUACAUUGGGUUCCUGGGUCUGAUCUUCUCGUCGUAUUUUGUGUAUCUGGCGGAGAAGGACGCAGUAGACGAGGAGGGGAAGACAGAUUUUUCUAGCUAUGCUGAUGCUCUGUGGUGGGGUGUGGUUACGGUGACUACGAUAGGCUACGGAGACAAAAUCCCUCAGACGUGGAUUGGGAAGGCCAUCGCCUCCUGCUUUAGUGUGUUUGCGAUUUCCUUCUUCGCUCUGCCUGCGGGCAUUCUGGGAUCUGGUUUUGCUCUUAAAGUCCAGCAGAAACAGAGACAGAAGCAUUUUAACCGGCAGAUUCCAGCUGCAGCCUCUCUAAUACAGACACUGUGGAGGUGCUACGCUUGCGAGAAGUCUGACAGCUGUACGGCUACAUGGAAGAUGUACGUGCUGACGGGCGACUACAUCCCCAUCAUAAACUCAGAAAACUCCAGCCCGGGCAACUUCAGACGGCUGAGUAAGCGGUACAAGCGGAAGCCGAAGGUCACGCGUGAUAACGGUUCUCUGGGUCCCGGAGGAGAACGCACCCUCUCCAUCCCACAAAUCACCUACGACCACAUCGAUGAUAAAGACUUUACAGAGGAGUCCACAGACCGCCAGCGCUCAUGGUCGGCUUUCGCUCUCAGCUGUCCUUCUUCUCCAGUUAAGAAAAAACUGGAUGGCCCUGAUAUUUCACGAAACAACAGCCUGAUGGAUGAGCUGGACUUCACGGCUGACAUCCCUCUACCUUUAGUUACAGAUGCUUCACAUCUCUUAAGAAGCCCGUUUGUGGCAAAGGAGGAAGAAUCAGUCUCUACUCAGCACCUUAAUACAACCAGGACGGUCCGCUCUAUGCCACAACAAAUCUUUCAGAAAUAAAAAAAAAAAAAA